AUGAAUCCCAUUCCUGCUGAUUGGGCAUUGGCCACCACUCAUCUUGCUAGUGACUAUGUCUCCCGGCAGUUUUGUUCCAUUGUCAGAGCGAUGCCCAAGGUCCUCCCUCCCCCAGAGCUCGAUGUCAUUUUGCUUGUGGCCUGCUGCAAUCUUGCACAGCGCCUCGCUGAGGCAUAUCUCAAUCCAGUGACAAUCAACUUUGAUUUGGUAUGCUAUUCGGAAGUGUUGCAUAUGCAGGAAACCGGCAUUAAUUCUCGGCGCAAAGAAUCUCUUCUAGAGCGAUAUCCGCCGGGUGGUCAGCUUAUCCUUGAGUGGCCUACUGUUGUGCUGGACCGAUUCGGCGUUAUUGUUCUAUGGUAUCUUCCCAGGGCGAUUGAUGAGGCAAUAAAGAAUGAUAUGUUGGCGGCAACCAUGAUGAUGUCGGACCAUUUGGGUAAAAGCGUUAGCCGAACUUCCGCCAUGAAAGGGAAAUGGCGCACGCACCAGAGCAGUUUUCAAAGCAGUGAACAUGGCCUUACUCUGGGUUGCAUCAAUUUAUCUCCGGGAUGGUUUCUGCAAGGUCAUCUGGCUCCAAAGUUUCAUCCGGAAGUAUCGGCAACUCUUAAACAGGACGGGCCAACUUUAUGUCAGGCGAUCCGGCGACCGGCGGUUUUGGCUGCUGCUGCAUUGAGAGUCAUGCAUGGUAGCUUAUACUGGUCGUCUUUGACAACACAGCUCGGCCUUGGUCUAUGGGCAGACAAUAAUCAACUUAAGGAAAUGGGGAAUUGCCUGAGAGAAUGGGCUUCUUCAUUUAUAGUUCUCGCCGUGAUGUGCAAUCAUUGUUCACCGCUUCACUGA